AUGAAUAUCUCUCAAAACAACACAAGCAUUUUGAAUGAAGCAGACUUUGUGCAAACUCUCUCUGAAGCAGUGUAUAAUGAAAAAUUCACGUUGUCGGCUAAAGGGUCUACAUUGGGUCACCUGGGGGCUCUGAAGGCGCACAUCAACCUGGAUAAGAAUAUCGAAUUGGAUGCACAAUUGGUGAUUCCCAAAGAGGAGGACGGAACCAACUUCGUAGGCACAGCAACAUUGCCUAAUCACUCUGUUUUCACAUUUGCACUUGGAAACGUGACCUUGAAUCUUCAAAGCUUCAAUCUAGACAUUGGACAAGCUACGAUACUCAACGCCGUACUACAGCCAGGAAACAAUACAGUUUCCCUUCGCGGCAAGCUCUAUAUAGAUACAUUCGUAGAUAAUAUCUCAGAAAUUGUCUCUUCACAAAGGGAAUCGCUAUUAAAUGGUACGGUGCGGCUUUCGGCGUCCGGAAAUUCAACGAUAUACAAUGGUGUUCAUAUUCCAUACUAUGAGAAAGUUCUGAAUAAUCUCACAAUCACAACACAAGUCCCGAUACUUGAAGUUCUGAGCGGUACUUUGGAGGGACUACUGAAUCAGAGCAACAACUCUACACUUGCGAGCAUUGUUCAGAAUAUCACCGAAAUCUUGGGUGAUGUUGACAAGUCAACUGAUUUUACGAAACUUGCUGGAUCUAUUGCGUUGCUACAUGAAACUGAAGAUGUAUGA